UCGUGGACUGCGCGAUGCCAUACAAGCUCCGUGGACUAAAAGCUCAGAGGCCACAAAUAAAACCAGUAAGAAAGCAGUCGAUGCACCCAAGGGAUAAAAUGAAAUUUUUUCAUUUGGUGAUGGAACGGCUCAAUGAACCUAUUUCUGUGCGGAAAGGAAUUGAUAGAGAUACUGCCUUCAGUAUUCCACCAGGGUACCAUAGUGAUCGUUUUCAAACUGUGGACAUUGUCGACAGGAGUGGCUUUCCUGGAAGCCUGCAACAGGUUGAUAUUAAGCAAAUAAAGCUGCCUGAUAUAACUUCUCCCAUGAAACUUGAUUGGAAUGAGAAUUUUUCAAUAUUCCUACCAGCACACCGAGAAUAUGCUGCAGAGCUGGUCAAAAUUUUCAUGGAGAUGGAGAAUGUUGAAGACCUUCUAUCUGCUUCAGUUUACUGUAGAGAGCGUAUAAAUCCUUAUCUUUUUGUUUAUGCAAUGUCAGUGGCUAUAACACACAGAACAGAUACACUGCACCUGCCUUUGCCUUCAUUGGCUGAGGUUUUCCCUGACAAAUUCAUGGAUAGAGGGAUUUUUUCAAAAGCUAGACAGGAAGCAAACAUCGUGCCACCAGGCUCAAGGGUUCCUAUUGAAAUUCCAGUGGACUACACUGCAUCCAACCUUGAUCCUGAACAUCGUGUGGCAUAUUUCCGUGAGGAUAUUGGGAUCAACUUAUGUCACUGGUACUGGCAUAUAAUUUAUCCAGGUCAAGGACCAUUUCCAAUGAAUGGUACAGAUCGUGCUGGUGAGCUCUUUUACUACUACCACCAACAAAUUGUGGCCAGGUAUGACUUUGAACGACUCAGCAAUGACUUAGGGAGGGUGGAGAGAUUUAUUGACUGGCACAAACCUAUUAAAGAAGGUUAUUUCCCUAAACUUGACAACAUCCUUGCAAGUAGAGUGUGGCCUUCAAGGCAGGCAAAUUCUAAACUUCAAGACAUUAAUCGGAAAAUUGAUCAAUUUGAACUUGACAUUCAAGACCUGGAGAGAUGGCAAGACAGGCUUUAUGAUGCUAUACACAGAAGAGCAGCCAUUGAUGAUAAGGGAAAUACAGUGCCCUUAACUGAAAAUACUGGCAUGGAUAUUCUGAGUCACAUAUUACAGUCAACUAUACUUUCUAUUAACCAAAAUUACUAUGGCCAGCUGCACAACUUUGGGCAUCUUUCUAUUAGCUGGAUUCAUGAUCCUGAUGGAAGAAAUCUUGAAGGAAUUGGCGUAAUGGGAGAUACGGCAGUGGCAAUGAGAGAUCCAGUUUUCUAUAGAUGGCACAAAUACCUUGAUGAUAUCUUCCAAGAACUUCAAAAUAUGUUUGCAAGGUAUACAGUUCAACAGUUGGACUUUCCGGGUGUUACAAUCUCUUCUGUGGAUGUUGUGUCCAAAGGGGCACCAAGGAAUGAAUUUGCUACAUUUUGGCAAAAGAGUGACAUUGAUCUGUACAGAGGUCUUGACUUCACACCUCGAGGAUCAGUAUUUGCCCGUGUCACUCAUUUGCAACAUGCUCCAUUUAAAUAUAUCAUAGAGGUCAACAAUGCUGGACCUCCUCAAAAGGGUACGUUGAGAAUAUUUAUGGCACCAAAGUAUGAUGAACGUGGAGUUCCGAUGUUAUUUCGAGAUCAGAAACAUCUCUUCAUAGAGCUUGAUCACUUCACUGUGAGGAUGGAUCCUGGUUGCAACAAGUAUGAGCGACACUCAAUAGAGUCAUCAGUAACAGUUCCAUCAGAACGAACAUUUAGUAAUUUAAAUAGUUCUGACCCAAGAAAAGAAGAAGGUUUUGCUUACUGUGGCUGUGGAUGGCCACAACACAUGCUUAUCCCAAAGGGCACAACUGAAGGAUUUCCAGCAGAACUGUUCGUCAUGAUAACCGACUACAAUAUUGAUAAGGUAGAGCAACCACCACCAGAGGGAUGUCAGCAGCCUUUUAGCUACUGUGGAUGGCGCCGUCGCCUCUUCCCAGACACAAGAGCAAUGGGAUAUCCAUUUGAUCGAAUGCCUCGUGCUGGAGUCAGCACCCUGCAACAGUUUCUCACACCCAACAUGAAAGUGGUUGAUGUCAAAAUAAGAUUCAACAAAAAAGUUGUUGCUUCACGUUAUGCUAGUUGAGCCUGAUGUACAAUAUUCUAAUGUCUGAGGAUACCAGAUAUGUGUUGCUGUGUGUUAUACAGUUCCCAACAAUAAUUUAUGUGUGAGCAUUAAACCGUAACUCUCAUGGGCAUGAGUAAUUUGAUGUAACACAAACAUCUGUACAUCCAUAAAAGGUUGUAAUAACAUUCAUUGCACACAAACAAAUAAAAUAAAAUACAUAAGCAUGGCAAGGAAAGUUCUUGCAGAAUGUAAGUAAUUUAGGAGUAAAGGAGGCCACUCACCAAAUUAUAGAAGCAUUGAGUCAGUGACAGGCACACAAAAAAGAAUGAAAACUUGACCUGCAAAGUUUUCAUCCUUUUUGUGUGUCUUUUGAUGAUUCAGUGCUUCUGCUUUCUGGUGAGUAGUCACCUUUACUCCCAAUUGGGAGUUAAUGAAGCCAAUCACCAGAUAGUAGAAGCAGUGAAUUUUUCAUCUCUCUCUUUCUCUCUUGCAGUAAUGACUAUGUGAAGCAUACUGUUAUUGCAUAUGCAUGUUUAGAAUUAAUAGGAAAUAAAAUACCAUAACAUUGCCAAAGUACAAAUAGUGGUACAAAAUAAAUUUUUAAUUACUAAA